CCACACUCCUAUGUUUUUACUCUACACAAUCUUCCCCCUUCUCUAUAUAGACUCUAAACUAAGUAUACCUUACUAACUAUAAACCUUUACCUGGUCAUUGUUUUUUUCACUCAAAAUCAUCAAAUUGUUUACAACUGUUUAAACUUGUUAGUUUUAGAAAAGAUCCUUUCUUUGAAAAAUUUCAACAACUCUAUAGUGACAUUUUCUACCUGUCCACUUGAGUUUCCUUUGAAUUGCAAUCUCAAAGAAACAUUGGUGGGGGAGGGGGGCUUUUUGCAAGAAAGGCAGUUUUGAACAGUUUUUCAAGAAGAUGAUUGUGUUGUCCCAGGGGUGCAUUUUGUGGAAAUUUUUCGCAAUUCUUGAGACAAAAUUUAGUGUAGCCAAAAGCUUUUACUUUUGGAUAUUUCAAAUUUUCAAUAGGUACAGUUGGGACACUUAGCUAAAUUUCACAUUGCUUCUAACUUCUGUUGAAGUUUCUGCCUGGUCUAUUCUAGCUAGUUUUAGAAGAUUUUGUGUGUAGUUAGUACUUAGUAAUUUGCUAUAUUUAUAUUAUGGGAGGAACAUCACUACCUCCAGGAUUUCGUUUCCAUCCAACUGAUGAGGAAUUGGUUGGAUAUUACCUGAAAAGGAAAACUGAUGAACUUGAGAUUGAGUUGGAGGUCAUUCCGGUAAUAGACUUGUAUAAAUUUGACCCAUGGGAGCUUCCAGAGAAAUCUUUCUUGCCAAAGCGUGACAUGGAGUGGUAUUUCUUCUGUCCUCGGGACAAGAAGUACCCGAAUGGCUCGAGAACCAACCGAGCCACAAAAUGUGGAUACUGGAAAGCAACAGGGAAAGACAGGAAAGUGGUCUGUAAGCCUGCAGUUGUUGGAUACCGAAAGACAUUGGUUUUCUAUCGUGGAAGAGCUCCUUUAGGUGAUAGAACUGAUUGGGUGAUGCAUGAAUAUCGUCUAUGUGAUGAUGUCUCACAAGGCACUCCGAGUUUCCAGGGGCCUUUUGCUCUUUGUCGUGUCAUCAAGAGAAAGGACAUUUCAUCGAAAACAAGUGAUGGUCGUGCAGAAACAACCUCUAAACAGGUUGAAUGCAGUUCAAGCAAUGAAGCUUUUACAUCAGCAGUAACCUCAAAUGAACCCCUUGUCCUUUCUGAUGACAUUCCAAGUACUCAAAAUACAUACGUGUGCAACGACAGCAACUAUUCAACUCCUAUCGGUUCACCUUAUCAGACAACACAAAUAGGAGAGUCCGAGUCUGCAAUGGGGACAAAUGCUGCAAACCUCUGGAUGUCUCAGAAUAUGAUUCUUGAUCCUUCAAAGGAAUGUCUUCAAGGACAAAGUAUAUCUGGAAAUUAUCCGGUGUAUGACUUCCCAAACUCGACUUCAUGGCAGCCAAAUGAUCAAUAUGACUUCACAUCAAGUUCAUCUUUCCCGAAUUUUAGAGGGGACGUUGAACUUUCUGGUGAUCUCAGUGGCUAUGGCUUUGCACCUCCCUUCUCAGAUGAGGGAACCUACAUGGAAUUCUAUUGCAAUGAGGAUAUUUCGUAUAAAGGUUAUAACCAGAGCAACUUAUUGGGAAGUCCAAAUCUCUUCUGAGGAACAUUGAGGCGAAAUAGGCAUAAAGUUUUCUCUCUCAUUUAUGCAGACAGAGUAGUGACAAUGGGAUAUUGGGAAAACAUAAUGGUGUAUGGUCACAGGAAGAUAUUUUAAGUAGUUUGAUGUAAGAAUAUACUAAGAAAAGCUCAAUGCAGCUCCGUGUGUUUAUAUUUUGUCAUUGAAGUAUGAGAUACCCAGUGAUGAUCAUUUUUAACGAUGCCACUGGGAUAUGGACAUAUGGUCAAGUUAGUAGCUGAACUUCUGUUAAAGUACGCUUCUUAAAUAGAAGCCCCUUUCCCUUUCUGAUAUAUGUCACUGUUCUAUUUCUGAUCAUUUACAUGUAUGAAAAUGUUAUCAAGAACCAAUAACUGAGCUGAAAUAUAUGUAGACUAUAUGAAUUAAUGUU